CUCCGCGGCGGUGACACGAGCCCGCGCCGCCGCUGCCGCCGCCGCCACCGCCGCCUCCUCAGCCCCCGCCGCCGCCUUCCCAGCACCAUGGAGUUCUCCGAGAGGAAAAGAAGCAGGAAAUCCCAGAGCUUCAAACUGGUGAGCCGAGAUUAUCACCAUGAGGUGUAUAAGAUCCCAGAAUUCAGCAACGAUGUUAAUGGGGAGGCCAAAGAGACACAACCCAUUUUUUUAGGAGAUGAAAGCAUGGAAAUAAAAAAGCAAAUUACAGGGAUGAGAAGAUUGCUGAACGACAGCACUGGGCGGAUCUAUCAGCGAGUUGGCAAAGAAGGAGAGAAACUAAAAGAAGAGCCCCAGGACCUGGAUUUAGUCUGGCCUCCGCGUUUGAACUCCUCUGCUGAGGCCCCACAGAGCCUCCACCCGUCUUCACGUGGUGUGUGGAAUGAGCUACCGCCCCAGAGUGUACAGUUCUCAGGGCAGUAUGGCACCCGUUCUAGAACCUUCCAAAGCCAGCCCCACCCUGCUGCAAGCUCCAAUGGUAUGGUUGUCAACAAACAUUCAGAAGGCUCUCAUGGGGGAGAACUUCCAGUGGUGAGUUCAUCAGCUGGAUCAAACUGCUGUACUUGUAACUGCCAGUCAACGUUGCAGGCCAUUCUACAAGAACUCAAGACCAUGAGGAAAUUAAUGCAAAUUCAAGCAGUUGGAACUCAAAACAGACAACAACCCCCAAUUUCCCUUAUAUGCUCCCAGCGAACUGCUGUCUCACGAAAGAGAAAUAAAAAGAAAAAAGUGCCCCCAAAGACUGUGGAACCUCUUACUGUGAAACAGAAGCCCAGUGGGUCAGAGAUGGAGAAGAAGGCAGCGGUGACCUCUGAGGUAUCUGCUCUCCAGGCAGCCGAGCACACCUCCCCGGAGGAGAGCCGCGUUCUAGGAUUCGGCAUUGUUCUGGAAUCACCUUCCUCAGAUCCAGAAGUACAACUUGCUGAAGGCUUUGAUGUGUUUAUGCCUAAAUCUCAGCUGGACUCUAUAUUGUCAAACUACACUCGCUCAGGAAGCCUUCUGUUUAGAAAACUGGUGUGUGCGUUUUUUGAUGACAAGACUUUGGCUAACUCCUUACCCAAUGGGAAGAGGAAAAGAGGACUCAAUGACAACCGGAAAGGACUAGACCAAAAUAUUGUGGGUGCAAUAAAAGACUCGACUGAACCCUCAGAAGGUAGAAGGAAAGUCUUCCCUACCCUGCACACAUUGUUGAGAGCUUCCCACAGACCAGGAUUUCCAUAAAUGCACGUGGGAUAAGUGAAGAGGCAUAGGUUUUUAUUUUUCAUCUUGACUUUGAUGUUAAUUUAUUGACAUACUGGGUCUAGUACUAAACAUCCAUCCUCACAUCUUCUUGAAUAACUAAUCUGGAAUGACUGACAUUGAAACAUUGUUGUAAAUUUCUACCAGUUAAUAAAAUGCCAAUGAAAGCUAAAACAUAGAAACCAAAAUUGAAUAUAAAUUUGAAUGCAACUCUCUUAACUUCCUAAUACAUUUUUUCUUUACUAUAUUUUCCUUAGUUAAAAGUGGGUUAACCCACAUAUUACAAUACAAAGUGAUUUUCAGAAGUAGCUAUUAAUUGAAGGUCUUUUCUUUUUUAAAAAAAUCUCUACCAAUAGCAAAAAAAAAAAAAAAAAAAAUUCCCUAACCUGAGUCUUUUGAAUCUGAGUACUAUGAGGAAGUGAUAAAAUGGUUUCUUUAGGCAUAGUAGUGCCAAGGCUAUCCUUGCUAUUAUUACUGUCUACCACCCCUUGGAAACGAUUUUGUAAAUAUUAAAUAUACAGUCUUUCUUACUCGAUCUCUUGUGGGAUAAUGUCCCAAUAGUGUAUUAAUUUGAAAAGUCCUAUUUUCUAGGAACAUAUGAAGACUGGUUAAUUUUACAAAAUCUCAGAAAUGAAAAUAACAGUAGGAGUUCAAUUUUGUUUCAAACAAAAGUGAUUAUUAGAUUGGUUAAAACAACAAUGGGAAAAAAGAUGAAUGAAAAUCUAUAAAAUGCUUGUAAGUAGGAACAGAAAUGGACUGAAAAAAAGUUUGUUUUGGGAAUUAUUGACAAAGCUUUUUGUACCGGUAAUUAAUAGUCCCCAUGACAGUAUCUUAAAAAUAAAAUAUAAGCCUCUUUUGUAGAGAUCAUAGUUUUUACAUAAUCUCAUCUGUAUUAUGGUGACUAACAAUUAAUGAUAAUUUUUUAAAAAUGUAUUGAUAAGUAUGACUCAAGGUAUUGCUGAUGAAAGAGUUUUUAAUUAGAAAUGUUCACCUGAGCAUUAUGAAUGUAACUAAGAAGAAACAACUUAUGAUCCUACUAAGUAGCGUCUUAGAUUUUAGUGCUGGGGAUAAAGCUUAGUAUCCUGAAUUUGAUUCAGAAUUGAUUUUACAGCCAGAGUGGAGGUUAGUACCCAGGUAUGUUUUCCUUACCUGCUGAGGCUAGAAUUGGUCCACAUCUAGUUCUUGCUGUGAUAUACUCAGUAGACCAUGUAGAUUAACAUGGUUAGAGUUGUCUAAAUAUGAUAGAAUCUUUGAAUCCCUGAAUGAUCUUCAGAAAAUACAGUUGCAAUGAAGCAAUUUUUAGAGCCCCUAUUGUAGGAUUUUUAAUUCAACUUCAUAGUGAUGAGUUGAGAAAGUUUUAUUACUAUUAAACUGUCCUGGAGUCUUGAAUCUUCUUGCAUUCAGUGGAAAUUACAUAUGCAUGUCAAGUGAAGACCUUGUCGGGGGUUCUUAGUUCACUCCACGCAGCACAAACUGCCACUCUCCUGAGAGGCCAGCCUUGAUAGUCUGUCUGGACAGCCACAGGUAUCAAAACUUCUCUGGGAGGGAGCACUCCUUGGUAGCCCUCCAAAAAAAUAACUGUGCCUCUUACAAGAUUAGAAUGGGUGCCUGGCCACUUUUGCUGUCACACUUUCACAGGCUCUGCAGAAAUGACCACCAAAACCUCUUGUUUUAUUCUUGUGACUCUAGAUACCUGUAGGGUCCAUAUUUGUCAUUUUAUAGUAUCUCUGUUUCCAUUAGGAUUUAAUCAAAAAAAGUGAAUAGCUGUUUUCUAUUUGAUCUCACGUAGAUUUAAAUUAAUAUGGUUGGGGUGGAAUUUGCAUUCGAUUUAUUUAUUUCUUGAUAGUAACUUAUCUGUGUUCUCAGAACUCCUUAUAAGAACAAGGUUAAAACAUUAGCUUGGAUUUGAGUACCCCUGCAAUGUUGAUUAUUUUAUUUCCAUUUAUAGGAGAGGACACUGAGGCCAUGGGAAAUUAAGUAACCCCAUUUAAUUUAAACAGCUAGUAAGCAGUGGAAUCAGGACUUCACCCAAGGCCUGUCUGACUUCCAUUCCAUUUUGCAGCACGCUAAACACUUUAGUCUUUCUAAAAGGAGUAUAUGAAAGGAAAGAAAGAUUUCUCAGUUUUUAAUUUCCAUCUUAAACUCUAGCAUUUUGGAUUCUUUAUAAAUUCUGCUAGGACAUAUAAAUGAUUUCAGAUGACCAGUCAGUUGUUUAUGCAAAGCAUAUUCAAAGUGAUUUUCUUUUUAAAAUAUAGCUAUACAUCAGUUUUUUUACUAGUGUCAGGGCAGGUCUUUUCUUGAAGAUAGUGAGAAUCAGCUCCAUUGUGCUUGGGAGGAAAAAAGAAGUCUGAUCCCUUCCGUCAAGAAAGAGAUACUUCUGAGACUCUUCAGUACAUAGAACCACAAGGAAAGAGUUUGGGAGUAAACAUUUGAUAUAGCUUGUGUUCCAAAGUUGUAUGUAAAUCAAAUUCUAGUUUAAAUGUUUGGCAGUCAGAACCAAAGUGAUGGAUGCUGAAAGAAUCUUUGGGAAGAUGACUAAUCACCUGUUAAUUUACUUGUUCAUAUUUUCACAUCCGAUCUGCUUAAAACAGGAUAUAAUUACAUGAUACAUAACAUCAGUAUAAUUACAUCAGAAAUAUUGCUUGCCUUUCGGCUGUGUUUGUAUCUCUCACCUAGUUGUUGUUGUCGUUUGUAUUUUCCCAUGUUUUAUAAAGGCCCAGUGACAAAGAGGUCAUGUGGAAUCUUGGCUGUUCUCUGUGUGUAGCCCUCUACUUCCAGCCCCUUCCACGGUGGUUCUCAUAUUUUAGUGUGCAUCAGAAUUUCCUGGAGCGUUGGUUUGAAAUUCAGACUUCUGGGUCCCAUGCUCAGAGAUAGAUUCAGUAGGUUUAGGGUAGUCCCAGAAAUCUGCAUUUUGAACACACAGCCACAGGGGAUUCCGAUUGCUUUCAGAUGCGCCUGGGAGCAGCAGCCCCUACAGUCAGAGCUCCCGAAUCCAUCAGUGAUGACAGGUAUCAACCCGAGUCUAACAGCGAUGAUGGGUAUCAACCCAAGCCCAACAGCGAUGACGGGUAUCGACCCGAGCCCAACAGCGAUGACGGGUAUUGACCCGAGCCCAACAGCGAUGACGGGUAUCGGCCCCGAGCCCAACACCGAUGACGGGUAUCGGCCCCAAGCCCAACACUGAUGAUGGGUAUCGGCCCUAAGGCUGACAGUGAUGAUGGGAUCGGCCCCGAGGCUGACAGUGAUGACGGGUAUCGGCCCCGAGGCUGACAGUGAUGACGGGCAUCGGCCCCGAGGCUGACAGUGAUGACGGAUCGGCCCUACAGUGAUGAUGGGUAUUGGCCCCGAGGCUAACAGUGAUGAUGGGUAUUGGCCCCAAGGCUAACAGUGAUGACAGGUAUCAGCCCCGAGGCUAACAGUGAUGACGGGAUGGGCCCCGAGUCAGUGAUGAUGGCUAUCGACCCCGAGUCUAACAGCGAUGACGGGUAUCGGCCCCGAGGCCAACAGCGAUGACGGAUAUCAGCCCCCAGGCCAACAGCGAUGAUGGAUAUCGGCCCCGAGGCCAACAGCGAUGACGGAUAUCGGCCCCCAGGCCAACAGCGAUGACAGGUAUCGGCCCUGAGGCCAACAGCGAUGAUGCCCCGAGGCCAACAGCGAUGAUGGGUGUCGGCCCCGAGGCUAACAGCGAUGAUGGGGUUAAUGGGUAUCAACUAUACACAACAACCCCUGUGAAGCCUGGGCUCCUUCAGCUGUUUCUCACCGUCACCGAGUUUUCUGAAGGCUGCUCCACCUCUCCUGGAAUCAGUGAGAAGGAAGGUAGCCUUGUCUCAGCUGCCCUCAUUCUUUGAACCUUGGGCAUUUAACUCUUUUUUUGUGUGUUAUGUGACACAAGGGUCCAGGUUUCAGACAUGGCUACAGUGCCUCACUAGGACUAGACGGAAUAGCCACCCACAUCACCAAGGUGGAAGAAGGCACUUCCAGACUCCAGCAUAGAUCUUACUUACGGAUCACUAAACAAAUGCCAUUUCAUUUUCCAUAUGACUUUGUCAUGACAGUCUUGAAGAAAAUGGAGAAUCUCUUCUUGGCAAGCUCUUGGCCAAAGUCUCCUUGAUUGCAUAUUUGAAACACUUGUUCAGCUGACAUUUCCCCAGUGUGUUACAGAAGACAUGAUUUUUGCUGCUUUUCAGAUACUAGAUUAAGUCAUGAGAACACCAGAAUCUUUGCAAUAUUUUCAUUGAUGUCGUAAACCUAGAAAUCAUCAGCAGGUGUGAAAUUUCUACUAACAAUGUAUUUACUGUCCCAAGCCAGUGACUAAGGCAUGGCCCUGAUGUUAGGGAAUGUGCAGUCUAGUAAGACAUGUCAACAGAGCCAUGCUCCAGACAGAAUAAAAUAAAUGACAAAUGUCUAUUACCUGAUGGGAGGAGGAGAAAGCACAGAGGAUAUAAAUCUCACUAGGGGAAGACCUCACAGAAUCGAUGAUGUCUGAACUAGGCCUUGAAUGAAGAGAAGUAUAUCAAAUGCAGAGAGAAUAGAAAAGGUUAACUACAGAACAUGUUUAAUGAAACUUAAAUUCAGUAAAACAUUGGGUGAAAGCCUUUUGCCUCCAGAACUGUUUAAGGCUCAUGCUCACUGGUGGAUCUUAAGUCCUCAGCAACUUGUUUACCUUAGUAUGUUUGACUUCAUGAAUAUAAUGCCAGUGAAAUGGACUCAGAUAUAGUUUACCUCCAAGCAUUUUCAGCCAGAGCUGUGCUUCUUAAAGUUGCUUCUGAAAGCUACCUCGGCCCCAUCGCAGACCUGAUGAAUUCGGAUCCCUGCGGUUGGGGCCACAGUGAGGCUAUGCUUCACCACUGCUUCAACACCGGCCUUCCAUAAGCUCCAAAAAGGGAUCUCAUCUCCUCAGAACUGUGAAUUCAUAUGUUUACUACAUAACGAGCAAAUGGAAAUGUGGAGAAACUUGUUAAGAAGGGUGCGUCUCAUUGAUCUUUCUUCAGCCUGUCAGAUAAUGGGCAGGAACCAGUUGUGGAUUCCCUUGCAAGGAUUCAACUCCAACUCCCAGUUACUGAAUUCUUACAAAACCUAGCAUUUUACCACCACCACUAGGAUUGACAAAAACAGCCUCCUGUCAAAAGAGAUAUGUUUCUGGAGCAUAAACAGGGCCACUGCAGUAGAAUGUGCAUUGCACAACAUUGUGGGCACCGUUGCCGUUGUGGACACUUUCGAUUUGUAUAUUUAUUGUGACAGUUUUCCUGCAGCUGAAAGUACAUUGUCUUGCGGAAAGACACCUUUUUAAUCUAAACAAUGCCUCCACAUGGGCCAGCUGUGGCCCUGAAAAUAGAAAGCAAUGUUUUCUGCGUAGCCCAUCUCUUCUUUAUUUAACUCCCUGAAUUGUUUGGCUCAUCGAAGUUGCUCACCAGCAUCCUAAGGUAAUGCCACAUCCUCCUGUUUUCUCUCCUCUUGUGGGGAAGCAGAAUUGCUUAAUAAGUUCAGAAUCAGUCAGAUCGCAUUCCUGGUAGCUUUUCUUCUGGACCUACAGUUGGUGCCGGUAAUCUAGCAAAUGUUUCAAUUCGGUUCCAUAGCAAGUAUUGACUAUCUCCUACAAGGUGUGCAUCAAAAAUCUGAAAGACUCAGGAAUUGGUAUUUGCUAGUAUUUCUGUCCUAAAAGUGCAUUGCAAAUGAUCAUGGAAUACUCACAAAAAAACUAAGAGUGUAUGCAAACUUCCAGUAAGAAAACCCCUUAAAAAUUCAUAACUUUUGGCCAGGCACUGUGGCUCACACCUGUAA